AUGGAAGAAGAAAAUGCGGUGCCUGGUUGUAGUGAGCCUUCAGACCUGGAGAAUACAGCAGAAAGCAAACCUGAUCUUUUCACUACCUUUUCUGUGGAAGCACUUUUUGGAUUUACAACUAAAUUUGAAUCUACAGCUUCCAAAGAGGAAACAGUGCUUAAAGCAUUUCAACCUUUGCACACCAAUAUAAAUACUCAUGCUAACACCUGGCAUGAGAGGAAUGAUAAUGAUUGUAAUGACGACUCAGAAAAUCAGCACAGCAUGAAUAGUACCAGUGGCCAAGCUGACCCAAUGUCUGGCGGGCAGACUGACCUGGAACUGGAGUUAGCUGAACAAAAUGAAUUCCUUCUUCACCAUUUAAGGUUUGUACAGACUUCUUUGUCUGAAGCUGACAGUGAUGACAAGGAUGCUAUUCUCGUACAAGGUACUUUGGUUCAUACAACAAGUGAUACAGAAUCGGACACGGAGAGUACGGACCUAGACACUGAUGAAAACAACACAAGCGAAUCUGGGCUAAAUAAUGCUGCUUUGUCUGCCGAGGCUUUGGAUGAUAACAAUCAAAAUAAGGAAGAGUCAGAAUCAGAAGGGCACAGCAAGAGUGAUAACAACACUGUGGGUACAGAUGACAUCGAGUUACACCCACCAAUUUCUAAGCAGCUCCCAAAAGAGCUGGAUGGUAUUCUGGAGCAUGACUCCAAUGGAAAAGACAAAAUGUUAAUGGAUGAGCAGUUCAGUCACUUGCUUGCUACAGGGGAAUGCCCUCAAGAACUUCCAGGUGAAGAACAAAGACCUUCAGCUGAUAAUACAUUGCUCCAAAAAACAGCGCUGGCUGAAAAGACUUUCCAGCUGCCUGCUUUCUUUAGUGGACUACGUGUAAGGAAAAAAGGACUAACCACAGAGGAUGGGGAAACUGUUACAGAAAUUAAACCAAGGGAAAAUGAUUUAGCUCUGCUUAAAUUACGACAGCCUGUUAAGAAAUCCAGUAUUACAACAGGUUUGACCACUAAAAAAAAAUCAGCUGAACCUAAAGCAAGUCCUACUUUCCUGGAACAACUCUCACACUUGUUAAACAUAGACGUCUCCAAGAAUGAAGAUAGAACCGAGGACUCUGGUGAGGUAUCUGGGGAGACCGAGGACAGUGAUGAAGCUCAAGAGAACAAAGCCUCUGGCAAAGAACCACGAUUUUCCUCUGAGGAAAUAAAAUCAAGCCCUGCUGAAUCUGCACUGGACGUCUUUAAAGCUUUAUUCACACGGCCUCCCAAAAAAGAAACAACUGCAGAUACUUCAGAGCUGGAAGCCCUAAAACGCAAAAUGAGAAAUGAAAAAGAGUCCUUGAAAGCUGUGUUUGAAAGGUCAAAAUCAAAACCUGGGGAUGGACCAUCAGACAAAUCCCCUGACCUGAGUCCCUCAGAGCAAGAUGACAAGACUCCAGGGAGACUCCAGACUGUCUGGCCGCCACCAAAAGCAAAGCACGAAGAAGUGAAAGUAGGAUUAAAGUACACAGAAGCAGAGUAUCAGGCUGCCAUUUUGCAUUUAAAGAGAGAACACAAAGAAGAAAUUGAAACAUUAAAGUCUCAGUUUGAACUCAGGGUAUUCCAUAUUCGUGGAGAACAUGCUGUAUCAACUGCUCAGCUUGAGGAAACCAUUGCACAGCUGAAGAAUGAACUUGAUAAUAAAUUAAAGAGAAGAAAUGAAAAAGCAAAGGAUAUUGGUGUUUCUACUGAGGAUGAUAACCCACCAAAGACAUACCGAAAUGUAUGUAUACAGACUGACAGAGAAACUUUCAUAAAGCCUAGUGAAGAAGAAAACAGAGCUGUGAAAAAUAACCAAAUAGUACCCAAAAAGCUUAAUAUUUCUUCUUUGUCACAUAGUAUUUCUGCCCAAAGUGAAAAUAAGGACAAUUACAAUGUACAAUCUUCAGAAAGUGUCUUAUCUUGUCAACCAAAACAAAUGCUGCUGCCUCCUCCUCCUCCACCACCACCACCACCUCCUCCUCCUCCUCCCUUUCCUGAUUCUUCACUACCAGGUUUAGUUCCUCCACCACCACCUUUGCCAACGGGUCCGAAUUCACUGACAUCUCAGUUUGGAUCUGGUCCACCACUGCCACCUCCACUUUCUGAAGGCUGUAGGAAUUUUCAAGCACCACCACCGCCGCCACCACCACCGCUUCCAGGGUUGGGACCUCCUGUUCCUCCUCCACUGCCUGGAUCUGGGUUACCUCCACCCCCUCCACCUCCUGGGCCUGGGUUCUUUUUUAAUAGCACUUUAUCUUCAAACCAAGGUCCUCGAAAACCUGCCAUUGAACCUAGCCGUCCCAUGAAGCCUUUGUAUUGGACACGGAUACAAUUACAGGGCAGCAGGAAAACUGCUAUGCCAACAUUAUGGGAAUCACUGGAAGAACCUGAUAUACUUGAUACUACUGAAUUUGAAUACUUAUUCUCCAAAGACACCACUCAGGAAAAAAGAAAACCAUUAUCAGAGACUUAUGAAAAAAAAACCAAGGCCAAAAAGAUUAUCAAAUUGUUGGAUGGAAAACGAUCUCAAACUGUAGGAAUUUUAAUAUCCAGUUUGCACCUGGAGAUGAAGGAUAUUCAACAAGCUAUACUGUGUGUUGAUGACUCCAUAGUAGAUCUGGAAACACUGGAAGCACUAUAUGAAAAUAGAGCACAAAAGGAUGAACUGGAGAAAAUCAAGCAAUAUUAUCAGACUUCAAAAGAGGAGGAACUGAAACUUCUGGAUAAACCAGAACAAUUUUUAUAUGAGUUAUCUCAGAUCCCCAACUUCACAGAAAGAGCUCAGUGUAUUAUCUUCCAGUCAGUUUUCUCUGAAGGGAUAACAUCAGUGCACCGGAAAGUUGAUAUCGUAACUCGUGUUUCCAAGGCUUUGCUGAACAUGACCAGUGUAAAGGAAAUUUUAGGUUUGAUUCUGGCUUUUGGAAAUUAUAUGAAUGGUGGAAAUAGGACCCGAGGUCAAGCUGAUGGAUAUGGUUUGGAAAUACUUCCCAAACUAAAGGAUGUCAAAAGCAGAGAUAAUGGUAUUAAUCUUGUGGAUUACGUCGUGAUAUAUUACCUACGCCAUUGUGAUAAGGAAGCAGGAACAGACAAGAGUAUUUUUCCUUUACCAGAACCACAGGAUUUUUUCCAGGCCUCCCAAGUUAAGUUUGAAGACCUAAUAAAAGACUUAAGGAAACUGAAGAGAGAUCUAGAAG